CAAAGCCGGGGAAGAUUCAUUUCCGCCCCGUGUCGACGAUUGUACCGUUAUCUCUGGACGACUCGUGUUCAUGUACCGUGGGAUGUCCAGUCCUUAAAAUUGUUGUUGUAGGAUGUCCCAGCUCCUUAAUAUUGUUCCUGUCGUGCAAUGCAGUCGUGCAUUCGGUCAUUACACGGUGUCUCUAAAGCCGAAGAGACACAGGACGAUUUGGAGAUCAUCAACGCUGCUCUUGAGUCUGACUUUGGAGAUGAAGAAGAAGAUGACGACGAAGAGCUGACAGACAGAGAGAGGGGAGAGAAAAUAGUCGACAUUCUCAUUCCCCCUUGUGAAUGGGAACCAGCGGAGGGGGAGGAGGAGGAAGGGGAAGAAGAAGAAGGCAUUAAAUGGAUACAGAGGGUCUCAAGGGCGCCCCCGAGCAGGACAGCCGUGAUCCAGCUGUGGGAACAACUCGACCUCAAGAUCAAGGAACAGCAGGCGAGAACGAAGGGCAUCUGUGCCAUCCGGAGGGCGCUUUACAGGGAAUGCUUUGACGAACUCAUACGUCAGGUGACCCUAGAUUGCCCCGAGAGAGGUCUUCUUCUGGCCAGGGUCAGGGACGAGGCCAACAUGACGAUCGAGGCUUUCCAGUGCCUGUUCCACAGUGCCUCCGAAUUUGGUGCUACCAAAGCCAUUCAGUCCGAGAGUGGCAAAGGUGAUCUAGAGGGAGAGUUGCAAGAGCUGGAAUGCCGAGUGGCAGGUCUGGAAGCCGAGGUGCGGAGGCUGGAAGCCUGGAAGAGACAGGUAACCCGCAGGUGGGAGGAACGAAGGGAGGUGCAGAUGACUCUCUUCACGGAGGAGCUGGAGUGCUUGGAACGCUCCGAGAAGCAGUAUCAGGUCCUCAUCGAGACGUUGAUAGCCAGCAGAAGUGGGUAAAAUCCUAAAACAGGUGAAGAACGCGUUGCGCAUUAGCAGAAGACUAUCCAGAAUAUAUUUCCAGCCUUCCUCGGCGUUUCCGUGGGACUGACACUUGUCCAUUUUGUUUAUGAAAAGAAAGCAAUUAUGCCUUCAAGUUCACAAGAGCUCACCAACACACGUCUGCUCACGUAGCGGCAAAAUAAUAAUAAUAAAAAAAAUGGACGAGGAAUGGGCGAUGACGUCAUCGAUGUAAACAAUGCUACAGCUCUGUAUAUGUAUAUGUAUUUAUUAAAUAUUGCUUAUUUU